CAACAAACCUAUUCAAGAUGCUCCUGAAGUACAGACCUGAGGAUAAAGCUGCGAAAAAGGAACGUCUACUAAAAAGGGCUCAAGCCGAGGCAGAAGGGAAGACCGUUGAGGUUAAGAAGCCUAUUGUUGUGAAGUACGGACUCAAUCAUGUUACCUACCUUAUUGAGCAGAACAAGGCUCAAUUGGUAGUUAUCGCACAUGAUGUGGACCCAAUAGAGCUUGUUGUCUGGCUUCCUACCUUGUGCAGGAAGAUGGAGAUCCCAUACUGCAUCGUGAAAGGGAAAGCACGCCUGGGAUCGAUUGUUCACAAGAAAACUGCCGCUGUAUUGUGCUUGACCACGGUAAAGAACGAGGAUAAGUUGGAGUUUAGCAAAAUCUUAGAGGCUAUCAAGGCAAAUUUCAACGACAAAUAUGACGAAUAUCGUAAGAAGUGGGGAGGUGGUAUUAUGGGCUCCAAAUCACAGGCAAAAACCAAAGCAAAGGAGAGGCUUCUUGCCAAGGAAGCUGCACAGAGAAUGAACUAGGGGAAUUGGUAUCACCUUUUCCUAUACGAUAUGAAAAGAGGAUUUUUUUUCUUAAUUUCUCUACUUGUUUGAGUUCCAUUUUGUAGCUGCAGUCCAGUUGAGUCUCUUAGAUUGACUUAGUUCACAUUCACAUGUAUUUCUUCUUAAUUUCUUUUCUCCCAUGUGUCCUUUCCUUUUCAAUCGGUGCUGUCCCAUGGGAAGUUAAACAUAGUAAAGACAUGAACACUGCAUUGGAAGCACCUUUUUUUUUUUUUUUUUGGGUAGUCUCCAUGACCUGAGUGGGUGUGUGGUUGUAUUUUUGACCCAUUGCUAAUACUUUGUUGUAGUCCAGAACACAUCAAGAAUGUCUCUUUGGCCAA